AUGUUAGCUCUUAUUCUAAUCUUAACUGGAAGUCUUUUGCUUUCACAAAAUUCACACUGCUUUUCGGUCAAGAUUUUUUCGGCACCAUUUGACUUUAAAAAAGUUAAAAAAGCAUUAUCUUUCAUGAUAGCUUCUAAUAGCUUACUAUACCGCAUUAAGGAUAUAAAAUUUUAUUGA